CCGGGAACGGAGCGUAAAGUCUGUAUACGUCAAAUGAUGUCAUGAGCUGCAGAAGUAUGCUUUACGAUGCGUAUGAUCGAAAAUGAUCGAUGCUGAUGAGCCGUUUAACAUAGUAACCAAAGUACAGUUGAGUGGAAUUUUGUUAAAAAAAUCUUUUUCUCCCCAUUCCAACAAAUGGAACAAAAGGUUUUUUAUGGUGAAGGAAGGAUUCCUGCUCUAUUACUCAGAAAAUGAAAAGAAGUCCUUUGACAAAAGAGGCUACUUCAACAUUCAUCCAAAGGGUGUGUUACCAAUUGGAGGAUGUAUAAUUCAACCAUCAUCUGAUGUCGGCCAGGAGUAUAUGAUCAAAAUUGGUAGUGACAGCUUCAUAAAUGGCCCAGUAAUAUUGGCAGCAGAAACUCAGUUUGACCAAGAACGAUGGAUUCAAGGUUUGCAAGAGGCAGCUCGUAUAACAUGGGAGAAUUCACGAAUGGGAGAAUCCAUCAUUCGGGACUUAGAAUCUCAGGGCCUAAAGCUGAACAAAGAAAAGCAGUCUUAUGUGGAGAAGUUACAUGAGGAGACAAUUGCAUUACAGGAUGAAAUAGAUAGAAAUGAGGAAUUAGAGAAAUUGAACCUAAUCCUUGAUGAAGAAAAAUGCCGACUUCAGGAAACCAUUGCAGAAUUUAAAAAGGAGCACGAAGCUAUGAAGAGAGAAUAUGAAGAAACCAUAUCAGCAUUGCGAUUAGUACAGCAGGACAAAGAAGCUUUGGAACAAACCACAAGUGAUUUGAUGAAAAAUCUUGCUGAUUUAGAAGAAGAAAAGCUGAGAAUCCAUGAGCAUCUGAACAGGAAAGACACAAAUUGUCAUGGAGAAGAGAAAGCAACGGAAAAGUUACAUGAAGAUUUACAAGAUAUUGAGGAAGAGACAAGAUGCCUGUUGGAGGAAAAGACUGAAAUUGAAAUAAGGUAUCAAGAAAAUGAAUUACGAGCAAAGUUAUUGGAGGAAGAAAAACAGCUAAUUUCAGAAGAAUCGUCAAAACUUCUAUCCUCACUGAAUGAUCUGCUAACACAAAAGGAUCUUCCAGAGUCAGAUUUGUUGUUAGAAAUGUCUGCUCGUAUAGAUGCUGAAAAACAGUUAAAACUUGCUCAAGAUUCUGUUUACAAGCUUGAAGGAGCUCUUGAGACAGAAAUUAACCCUGUAGACUUGCGCACAAAAAUUUUGCCUGAUGUGAAAAAGUUGCGACAAUUUUUUGAACAUGUUGCUGAGGAAGCAAAGAUAGAUGCGAACAUGCCAGUCAUAAUGAAGAACGCUGUUUAUGCUCGUAAGAAAUUAGCUAAGAAAGCAAGAUCACAGGUGAUAGAGCAGUCACGUCAGGAAAAAGCGAAAACUUUAGGGCUCAACUUUGAAGACUCUCCAUCUGCUGAUCAACCCCUCAGAAGAUCACUGUCAAUAAUGAUUUCUAAAAAUAGUUUAAAGCCACAGCUCACAAGAUCAAAAUCACUAAGAAUGAAUAAUGGCUAUUUCAGAAAUUCAACCAGCUCUGACGGACUAGAAGAAGAUUCUUUAUCAAGGCCCAAAGCAGAUGGUAGUACUUAGACAUGAGAAAAGGGAUUAACUGUGCUGCAUUUUAUUUUCUCUGUUGUUGCUACUUCACCAGCAGAGAGAGAGAGAGAGAGAGAGAGAGAGAGAGAGAGAGAGAGAGCAAUUGUGUAAAUAUAGCUACAAAGAUUUAUGAUGAAGAUCUUUUAUUUUAAUGAUAUGGUUAUAAUAGAAG